GGAGAUCUCCUCUGCCGCCUCUGACUGCUGCUUGCUGCUACUGCCUUCCCCCAGUCUCCAGCCUCCGCUGUGCCCGGGCCUCCUCCACGCUGGAUGCCCUCUGCCGCCUGCACCCAGCUGGAGCCGUGGGCCCCCCAUGCGCCGCCCCCGCUGCCGCCCUCUAUGUUCUACGUGGGCUUGUUCUUCGUCAACCUGCUGAUUCUCUACUACGCCUUCCUGCUGGAGUACAUCGCCCUCAACGUCGGCAUCGUCUUCCUGCCCGAGGAUAUGGACCAGGCCCUGGUGGAUCUCGGGGUGGUCUCCGACCCGGCCCUGGGACUCUACGAGCUGGACAGCGAGGUGGAAGUGCUGGACGGCUACUGGGAAUAACGUGGGCACCCCUCCCCGAAAGAGCAUCGGCACGUUGCUGCCAAGAGGAGCGUCGCUGCAUCCAGAUGUUGGCACGGCUGGACGGACCCUUUGUAGACUGCGAUGGGGGCACAGGAACAACAGCCAAGGUGGGAAGGUGCCGGGGAUGCCAGGAGCCCCUCUGCCCCGCCUGCCCCAGUCGUGGGUUUUCUGCUUGAGCCAGAAAGACUGGGGAGAGGGCCACGGACUUUUGGGGGUGCCAUGCUAAAGGCAGGCAAGACGGCGGCGCGGCAGGAAGAGGGGGCCGGAGUUGGCACGGACGGACGGGGUCCCUUUGGGGCACUGAAAUUUGCACACGCUUUCUGCACAUGUGAAAAAGAAGCUGGGAGCCCCAGAUUCCGGGGCAAGGCAGCACGGCCGUGAACUUGCAUCUCCGCGAGAGGAAACGCUUCCAGAGCAACGUGGGCUCCCUAACAGCCUGGCUGAGGAUGUCCUCAGUAUUUGCUUGUUUUUUUCAGGGAUUUGCCAUGAUUCUGCAGGAAAUUGAUCAUGCACAGCUAUCAGAAUUUGCUUAGAGAUUCCAGAAGGGCUUCCAAGUCACACGAAACACUGUCGGGUCAUUUUUAACGGCGAGCCAGGCUGCCAAUCACACGCCACAAACUUCCAGGGAACGCAGGAGAAGUCGUUGCCGAUAUUUUGAGCUAGGUGGUGCUGUCAGGAUAGGAAGCCUGAGUGCAAGUCUGUGGCGGGAGGGGGACCUCUGCCCCCCCCAGAUAUUGCUGACUACAAAUCCCAUCAGCCCCAGCAUGCACGGCCAAUGCCCAGGGAUGAUGGGAGCUGCAGUUCAGCAAAAUCUGGAGGGCCAAAGAUUUUCCCCACGCCUGCUAAAGUGGUUGAUGGAGCAGGAUGGUUUUAGGCGGGUGGGGGAGACUUACAACCAUCCAGAUGUUGCUGAACUAUAACUCCCAGCAUCCCUGAGCAUCAACCAUGCUUUCUGAGGGCUGACAGGAGUUGGCAUUGAACCACAUAUGGAAGGCUCCCAAUCCUUGUGUUGUUGUUUUUUAAGGGGUGCUGGAAAAACCGCCAUGAGAUCUCAAGAAGUAUUGCAAGAGAGCACUGGCACAAUAAUGCACCAUCCACACACAGUUAUAGAGGGUUGGUUCUGGCAGCUCCCAAACCUUGCAUGCGGUCCUGGGCCCAGUUUGCACAGCCCGGUCUCACGAGGGUAGCCACUUUCGGUUCAGGACCUGGUGCAUUCCUUGUGUACAACUCUGCAAUGCACGUGAAUCUAAAAAAAUCUCUGCCAUUUCGAAGUUUGUCUGUGUAUGGAAAACUUGCGUGUCAUUAAAGGAGCCUUCUCCCUGACAUGUUAGAUUUCUACAAGCAAGGGAGAGUUUGAUGUGGGAACACGAGGGGUCGCUUCACUUGCAUCAGAGUUGUUACUAGCCCACAGGGACUUGCAGUUUGCACCCUUCCUAAAACAUGCAGGAUCUACUCUGCCACCAUCAUAACCUCCCAGCCGACAAUCUGCAUUUGCUGUUGAUGAGCUAUAGAGAACAGGUCACACUUUUUUGAAAGGGGGGGAAAAAAACCCUAUCCCAUUAAGCUUCAGGAACACAUUUCAUAACCCUCAAAACGUCGCCUUUCAAAGAAUAAAAAUGAAGAGAAUCGCAGGGAGUCGGUAUGUCUGCCACACAGUGUUACGGGAAAGAAUUGCUUUUGUAAGUAUUUUUGUAAUUUUGGGAAAGGAAGGGGGACUUGUUAAUUACCACGUUAUUUUGCCUAGUGUUGAAAUGCAGUUCUUAUGUUUAAAAAUAAUAAUAAUAAUGUAAAAAGCAAUAUAUUGAUAACCAGCCUCUUUCAAAUACACAAGUACGCAGGUCAA